AUGUCUAUGAAUCGAUCUCAAGCUGAGAAGUUUAAAGAUAUCCAUCUAAAUCACAAGUACAACUUAAUCCAUAUGCUGCCGUCAACUGAAGUACCUGCAUUGUCAGGUUUCUAUCUGAAAAGUUUUUAUAAUGGUACUAAAAGAUAUCGACUAAGGUUACCUGAAUCCAUUGUUGAGCCAGAUAGCAAAUUUUGUGGUAAUUGUGGUGCUGUGAGAAUUCCUCUUUUCAACACGGAUAUGUCUAUAACAGAAUCCAACAAUGAGGCCACCAGUGAAUCUACGAGAACUUUACAGUAUACAUGUCUACACUGUAAGAAUCAGGCACAAGUGGCACCCGUUAGAGUACAGAAGCAGACGCCAGUGAAUGUUAAGCAAAGUGUAGGAGCUAAAGAAGAGGAGCAAAAGCAAGAUAAAGUGAAUAAGAAAACCUCUUCAGCUAGAGAAAGGGCAAAGAAGAGGAAGAAGAGCACACUCUCUGAUAUGUUAUCUCAAAAGAACGAAGAGAAAAAGAGCAAAUCGUUUUCCUUGAGCCUUGAAAGUAUGAUACAGAAUGAUUAA